AGCAGAGCGACACUGAUUUUUUUUUUCUCUGGUUUUUUUUGUUGUCGGACUAGUUGGACGCUAAGACACCCAGCUUUGAAGGCCUACACAAAGAGUACAAAUAUUACUGCCAACGCCCCGAUUCACAAAGCUGUCUGAGGUGAUGAAUUGGUCUUUCAACAAGGUGAUAUGGAUAAACAGGUAUAAGGAGAGACUGCAGACCAAAUACCAUAAAACCCAGCCAAACAAGACAUCUUUGGCCAGGAGAUGGAGUUUUGUAAACUUGGGCCUUGAUGGCUUCACCGACUGUUCGUCAGUCUCAUCCAGAGGUGUCUCACCAGUUAUUUUCCAGGGCACUCAAAACCUUAACUCCAUUCAAAAGCCUAGAAAAUGCAUCUCUAAAGAGCACGCUUGCUUCUCAAAGCAGAUGAUCCAAAAGCAGAUUCGAAGAGAAUAUGUGACUGCUGUGGAGGACAAACUCAAACAGCAUCCUCUAACUAUGUACCCACACUAUAAGGAUCACAUGACUCCAGAGAUAUUUGAAAAGGUGGUAUCUAUUUUGGAGCCAGACAUGUGCGUAAACAGUGCCUGUGCACUUCCUGCGCCUACAGGAGACCAUGAGGAGGAGGAAGAUAACUGUACAGAGCCAAGUAACCAAGACGUGGACAGAACAAAAGACAGUAAAAUACAAGUAUACUGUCUUGGAAGAUUCUCUUCUGAAGAGGAAAAAGAAACGUGGGAGCACACAGCUCAUGUAAACAUGGACAGUUAGGCACGGUGUGUAAGCAGAGGUUUGAAGUUUAAUUGUUGUCUAAAAAAUAAACAGAUGAAAUGAACAGCUAAUACAGAUGAUCCUUUACUGUUAACUAUUCCUCACUCUUUGUAUUGUGCUUGUUACAUGCUGUGUGUAACACCAAAAGUGCAAAUCUGUGAUACAUCUACACUUUGAAAAACACUUUUUUUUUAAUUUGGCAUGACACCUGGUAUGAAAUAAAAACUUAAACUCAUUCAUUUUAUAAAAACUUUAUUUAAACAAUAACUUACAAAAAUACGCCUGAUUGGUGAUUUUUCUAAAAGCAUGGCUUGACAACUUCAUCUGCAGAGUUUUUCAGAAUAAGAAAGAGCUUUCUGACAGACAAAAAAAAUGCAAUUAAAUGAGUCAUGAGGAAUGUGAUCACAGAGAUCAGGGUCAACAUUUACAAAAUUUUAUGAAGCCUCUGAAGGCUCUUUAUAUCCUUGACAGUGACAGUGCAGAUUUAUGUGCGACAGUUGAUACAAUAAUCAGUGUGAGAAUUUGUCCGUGUAUCUCUCCUAUCAUUGGUCAUGUAUUUUACUUUUGUGUGCAUGUUAAUUCAUCUUUGCCUCUCAGUUAAUAUACAGCAUGGUGCAGUAAAAUACAGCUGACACAUUAUCUUGACAACACAAAUGGCUCAGUCAGUGUAAGCAGAUGGCUCUCCUUAACUCUCCUCUCCUAAUCACUGCACAUGUUCUUCCUCAGGAUAGUGUUUUUCUAACAAAAGAUAAUGUGUAAAAAAAAUAGUGUUAGUCUAACAAAACAAAAUCUGUUACAUUGUGUUCAUAAUGAUAUGAUAAAAUGUGUGUGUAGGAUGUACAGUAUUAAGAACCUACU